GAGUGGAUGUGAGGCUAUAGCACAAAUUUCCCCUCUCUCUACUUUGUGGCAAACAAACAAAAACAGAAUUCACUUCAGUUGAGUCAGUCUCUUCGUGUUAUUGUGUUGAGUCAAACGACAAAAGAUUUUGUUCUGAAAUUUUUUUCCAGCUUUUCCAAAUCGUCGCCAUUUUUCAUCAAAAAAUAUUUUUUAACUGUACCAGAUACUUGAAAGCAGCUUUAAAAAAUUGAAAAAAAGUUUAUUUUCAGAAAAAUUUCCUUCAAUUAGCAAAACUCGUGCAAUAGAAACAAAAAAUAAUUUUAAAAAGGCUUUGAACACGAGCAGCAGACUUUUUAUCUUCGCACCGAGGAACUUUUGUGUAGAAUGUUCAAUUCCCUUUUUAACUCUUUAUUCGGUAAAAGCAACAAGGAUAAUAAUUCUACUGAUUUAGACGAGAACUCGGGUGAUACUGAUAAGACGCAACAAGGCUUUAGUGAAGCUGAUAGCAAUGUAACUGCUAUUAUACUCGACGAAGACAAAGACUGGUUGUUUGUCGAGAAGGAAGUUGAAAGUGACACUAUCAGUAUUGAAGCGACGCCUAAAAACCUACAACUUGUACCUUUCAAAUCUAUUUUCACUAAUUUGGGCUCAAUUAACGAGACCGAUGAGAACUCAUUUUUAUCUGCGAACCUGCCUUCGCUUUUCCCCAACAGUAUGGACGAUUCCUGGUUCUUGACACCACCGGAAUGCUUCUCAUCUGUAUCGUCCAUUCAGCUGGAGAGCUCACCACUUGAAAAUUUGUUGAUCGAACAUCCUUCAAUGAGCGUUUACUACAAUUUUCGUAAGCGUGGCUCUUUAACCGCUAUUACCAACGGAAAUGUCAUUGACGACUUGGUUGUCCUCGAAAUGAGUCAAAAUGACAUUGAAGAAGAACAAGCUGAAAAGGUUUCUUCAAACAAACGGGGAAAACGCAACAAGAAAUCACGCUCGACUGGUGUCCAAAACACUGUUUCACUCGUCCUGGUGAAGAAAAACAAUAACGCGCAAAAGUCGCAAGACCCAAGAAGAACCAAUCCGGGAAAAACUGCUUUUGAACGCAACAAUAAAUGCUAUGCAUUGCGUCAUGCACCUAAACGUACAACGGUCAUUAAUCAGCCCUCAAGUCGCAUGAUGAUGAUCAACAAGAAAAACUAAACUAACACAUGUGACAAUUGACAACAGUUCUGAACUCUCGAUACGUCAAAAUUUUUCAAUUUAUUUUGUUCAUUAUUUCUACUUUAAAGCCAAAAUUGGAAAUUCAAGUGAAUGACGGUCAAUGUCACAGGUUCGCAAAAGAAACUCUUUUUUCAUUUGUUGUUGUUAUCUGGACAUUGACACCAUUCACUGAUAACAAAAGAAGAAAAAAAAUGUGAAAAUGAUAAAAAAUUAAGCAAAAAAAAAUAAUGUGUUCACAAACAAAAAUUUCAUUUUAUUUUGUUUUUAGUUGUAAGUCAUUCUAUGACAAAUUCGUGUGUGUGUAUUUGAAUGUUAUUCAUUAACAAUACAAGAAAGUAAACAUUAAUGUUUAAUUUAUUAUUCUGAUAUAUCUAUAUUAUAUAUUGAAGAAGAAAAGAAAGAGAAAUGAUUCGAUCUAUUAAAUUAUCUUCUAAGUUUUAAUUUUUAUGAAUAAACGUUGAAAGCUUUUCAAAGGGCAUGAACAUUCUUAACGAAAAAGUUUGUUCGAAUUUAUCUGAAAGCUAUCAGACAGAUCAAUCAUGUGACGGAGAGAUCAGUGUACCUUUUUUUCUCGGUUGAUAAAGCAAUGUUACAAACUAUAUAAUCUAUCUUAUUAAAAUAAAAUUUAAUGUAAAUUCACAAUCAUCUCAAUAGAAGAACGAAAAGAAA